UCAAUUUAAACUUUAAAUUGGAUCGAAGUUGGAGUGCUUGUGAACUUGGCAGGGUUUUUUUUUUUGCCUUGGGAUUUUUCUCAGAUCCUUAUAGUUUAUCGAGUUGGGGUCAUCUUCCAUGCCAGAAAAAAUUGAAAUGGCAAAAACUGUGAACGAGUUUAGAGUUGGGUCUGUACCUACUGUAUUCUACAUUCCAGACUUCAUUACUGACUCACAACACGACCAAUUAUUGAAUACUAUAUACGAUGCGCCAAUUUCUAAAUGGAAAUCUUUGAAAAACAGGAGAUUGCAAAAUUGGGUUGCUUUGUGUUGCUAUCCAAUGGCAGGAGGCGUUGUGCAUGAAAAAGGCCUUAUAGCUCAGGACUUGCCCCCUUGGUUAACUAGAAUUACACGGAGAAUAAAUGAGAAAUCAGGGUUGUUUCCAUCAUCAAUUAAUCACGUGCUUAUCAAUGAAUACCUUCCUAACCAAGGAAUAAUGCCACAUCAAGACGGACCAGCUUAUUAUCCUGUAGUGGCAAUUCUUUCUCUUGGAUCUCCUGUAGUUAUUGAUUUCACUCCACAUCCUAAUUUGAGCAUCCGUGUUGGUACACGUGAAAACAGUGUUGAUGACGAAAUUUCUGAUCAGGAGGCUGCUGUGAGGAAUUCCUGUGAACAGCUAGAUAACUUCCAUCCCUUUUCCAUCAUAUUAAUGCCUCGCAGUUUGUUGAUAUUCAAAGAUAUGGUGUACUCAGACUACUUGCAUGGUAUAAAAGAUUCUGAGGUGCAGGGAUGUAACAAGGACCGCAAAACGGGACAGACAAUUGGCAUAGGACAUGAAUCACAGGGCCUUUACCAUCUUACCUAUUCAAAUUCCUUCACAGCAUGCUCCGCUACAGAUCCUCCCGACCUUAUUCACAAACGUUUGAGUCAUCCUAGUCUAUCCAAGCUACAAAAGAUGGUGCCUAGUUUGUCUAGUCUAUUCACAUUAGAUUGUGAGUCGUGUCAACUUGGGAAAUACACCCGUGCUACUUUUUCACGUAGUAUUGAGAGUCGCUCAGAGUCUAUUUUCUCAUUAGUUCAUUUCGAUAUUUAGGGUCUAGUAGAGUCAGUUCACCCUUAGGAUUUCGUUACUUUGUUACUUUUAUCGAUGAUUUUUCAAGAUGUACUUGGGUUUACUUAAUGAAAGAUCAUUUCGAGUUAUUCUCUAUAUUCAAAAGUUUUUGUGCUGAAAUAAAAAAUCAAUUUCGUGUUUCUAUUCGUGCUUUUCAUAGUGAUAAUGCCUUAGAAUACUUAUCCUCCCAGUUUCAGGAGUUCAUGACUUAUCAAGGAAUCAUUCACCAAACAUCAUGUUCAUACACCCCUCAAAAGAAUGGUAUAGCAAAAAGGAAAAAUAGGCAUCUCAUUGAGACUGCUCGCACUCUUCUCAUUGAAUCCCAUAUUCCACUGCAUUUUUGGGGCAACGUGGUUCUGGCAUCUUGCUAACUCAUUAACAGAAUGUCAUCAUCUUCAAUCCAGAAUAAGGUUCCUCAUUCCAUACUAUUUCCUCAGUCACAUCUCUAUUCUAUCCACCUUCAUGUUUUCGGGAGCACAUGUUUUGUUCAUAACUUAGCCUCAGGAAAAGAUAAAUUAGACCCUCGUGCUCUCAAAUGUGUUUCCUUGGUUUCUCUCGAGUUCAAAAAGGGUAUCGAUGCUAUUCACCUGAUCUGGGUCGCUACCUUAUGUCCGUUGAUGUCACAUUCUUUGAAUCUCAACCUUUCUAUACAUCUUCUGAUCAUCUUAAUAUCUCUGAGGUUUUACCCAUACCUCCGGUCUUACCCACACCAAUCUUUGAGGAAUCUACGGUUACUUCUCUAUCUCCUACUACAGUGCCACCACUUUUGACUUAUCACCGCCGCCCACGUCCAGUAUCAGUCCCAGAUGAUUAAUGUCCUGCACUUGACGCUUCCCCUACUGCGGACUUGCCUCCUCCUAGUCAAUCAGUUGCACUUCAAAAAGGUAUAAGAUCCACUCGUAAUGCUAACCCACAUACUUUCUUGAGUUAUCAUCGUUUGUCAUCACCCCAUUAUGCUUUUGUAUCAUCUUUGUCCUCUAUUUCCAUUCCUAAGACUACAGAUGAAGCACUUUCCUAUUCAGGAUGAAAACAGGUUAUGAUUGAUGAGAUGUCUGUUUUACAUACGAGUGGUACUUGGGAUUUUGUUUCCUAAAUCUACUUUUGGUUGUCGUUGGAUUUAUACAGUCAAAGUUAGUCCAGAUGGUCAGGUUGAUCGGUUGAAGGCUCGCCUUGUUGCCAAAGGAUAUACACAGAUAUUUGGGCUUGAUUAUAGUGACACUCUCUCUCCCGUGGCUAAAAUAACAUUUGUCCUUUUUCUCUCUAUGGCUGUCGUUCAUCAUUGACCUCUUUAUCAAUUGAACAUUAAGAAUGCUUUUCUGCAUGGUGAUCUUGAGGAAGAAGUUUAUAUGGAGCAACCACCUGGUUUUGUUGCUCAGGGGGAGUCUAGUAGCCUUGUAUGUCGAUUGCGCAAGUCACUCUAUGGUUUGAAACAAUCUCCUCGAGCCUGGUUCGGAAAGUUUAGCACGGUUUCAGGAAUUUGGCAUGAUUCGUAAUAGAGCUGAUUAUUCAGUGUUUUAUCGUCAUUCUGAACCAACUCCGUGUAUUUAUUUGGUGGUUUAUGUUGACGAUAUUGUUAUCUCCGGCAAUGAUCAAGAUGGUAUCACUAACUUGAAGCAACAUCUCUUUCAGCAUUUCCAGACUAAAGACCUUGGCAGAUUGAAAUACUUUCUAGGUAUUGAGGUUGCUCAGUUCAGCUCAGGUAUUGUUAUUUCUCAACGCAAGUAUGCUUUAGACAUUCUUGAGGAAACAGGAAUGAUGGGAUGUUGAUCCAUUGACACUUCUAUGGAUCCAAAUGCUAAACUUCUGCCAGGACAGGGGGAGCCACUCAGUGAUCCUGAAUGGUAUAGACGGUUGGUUGGAAAGUUGAAUUAUCUCACAGUGACUAGACCUGACAUCUCUUUUCCUGUGAGUGUUGUAAAUCAGUUUAUGACUUCCCUCUGUGAUAGUCAUUGGAUGCAGUUGUUCGGAUUUUGUGAUAUAUAAAGUCAUCUCCAGGUGAAGGACUACUCUUCGAGGAUCGAGGUCAUGAGCAUAUCAUUGUAUAUACAGAUGUUGAUUGGGCAGGAUCACUCUACAUCUAAAUAUUGUAUUUUAGUAGGGGGUAAUUUGGUGUCCUGAAAGAGUAAGAAACAGAGUGUGGUUGCUCGAUCUAGUGCCGAAGCAGAAUAUCGAGCAAUGGCUACAGCAACUUGCGAGCUGGUUUGGAUCAAGCAAUUGCUGAGAGAAUUAAAAUUUGGAGAAACUGAUAAGAUGGAACUUGUAUGUGAUAACCAGGCAGCCCUUCAUAUUGCAUCUAAUCCAGUGUUCCAUGAGAGGACCAAGCACAUAGAGAUUGAUUGUCACUUUGUCAGAGAAAAGAUACUCUCGGGAGAUAUUGUUACAAAAUUUGUGAAGUCGAGUGAUCAACUUGCAGAUAUCUUCACCAAGUCGCUCACCAGUCCUCGUAUUAAUUAAAUUUGUAACAAGCUUGGUACAUAUGACUUGUAUGCUCCAGCUUGAGGGGGAGUUAAAAUAUGAAUAGGAAUGGCAUGUUGAAUUCUACUUAGAAAGGAAUUGUAAUGUAGUGUCCUAUUAGGAAUAGGAUUGGAAUGUAGUGUCUAUAAAUAGGGUCUCAAUGUAAUAAUUUAGAUACAACAAUUCAAUAAUAUUUUUUCUCA